AUGGUCGAUGACAAUUUGCGGGAUAUCCACCGCAGAGCCGCAAGCAGAGCCGCAACCAACGCCCUGAACUUCAGAUUGAUGAGACACGACCAAGCCGCAAAUAAAGGCCCGGCGGUCUCUGUAUUCCUGCAGAUCAUUGGCUGGAAAGCAAAUGGCGGUAAUUUAGCGCGGAAUUACGAAUACGUCGCUAUGGAUGAUUUCAACUUGGCUGAAAAUACGAUGGGCAGACGCUUUCAUCUUCUUCAAGAUCGAUCAUUGGCUGUGAGUCGUGAGAUCGAAUUUAGAUGGUUCUUUAGGCCCACAUCUACGCGGGAUUGGACUAAAGUUGUCAGGGAGCAAGAUGGGAUCUAA